AUGCCUUCAACGCCACUCGAUUCGGGCUGGGACUUCAGCCCAGUCAUCGACCUGAUAGACUCGGACGUUCAAGAUACUAGCUCGCCCAAGCUCACGCCCAAACCACGCCCACUUGCCUCGGUACUCCAGAAUGAAGGCGGAAUACGUCUGGGAAGCUUCGCAAAGGUGUUUGAGAACCUGGGUCUUACACAAGACGCACCGUCGUUACCGCCGCUAGAUUCCGAAUCUGAGCUUAGUACUUCGGACGAGGUUCUACUACCAUCUCCGGUUCUUCAGGCUGCUCAAACCCCAGUGGAGCUCGAGGAAACCGAGGACAGCGUGGCUGCUACAGCUUUGACUAAGAAGCAACGACAAAAGGCUCGUAGGAAGGCAGAAAAGGAGCAACAAGAAGAGUUGUUGAAGACCAAGUCUUUCCAAGAGGAGCUUCAGAUGCUCGUAAACGCUGCACAAGCAGAACGCAAACCCACCGAAGCAGCCUCUCCAUCGAAGCCCUCCCGAACACCCUCUCGAUCAAAUGUGGGCGCGAAAUGUAGGGCCUCAAACCCAGUUUCGCUUCCAAACUCAGUUGUCCCUGUCAUUGCUCCGACGUCCCCGCAGAAGCCCAAGACGCCUAAACCUCCACGUCCUAGCAUAUUGAAACGACCCUCAUCCAUGGCACAGCCAGUCACACCCACACCUCAACCCGUCCGCCCAGUUGAAAAUAUUUCCAUUGUUCAAGAUGCUCCCGUGCCAGUGCAGUAUUCAACAUCUGGUACAUCGGCCCCAACGCAGCAUUCAUGCAAUGCUCAGCUACAGCCAUACUCUCCACAAGCGAACACAUCAACAGAGCAGUAUGGGCUUAUUCCAUCAAACGUUCGGCCAGUCGCCAUGCUUCGAGGUUCACAGCGUGCUGUUGCCCAGCUACCGUCCACACCCACCCCUGUUGCACUCUCACCACCUGCUUAUGCGACGCCUAUGGGCCCACGGACCCAGUUGGUGAUUCGGUCUCAAGUGGAUCGCCAUCUUCAUUUUUUGCAAAAGCUGCUGCACUGCUUUCCAGACGACCGAAAGUGGUUGGUAUCGCCUAUGCAGCUUAUCAACGAGAGGACGUCUUCACAUGGACUGCAUGUCUUUGUGGACGCGUCAAACAUUAUGAUCGGCUUCAAAGACAUGCUUCGAUAUCGGGGCAUUCAGCCAUACCAAUACGACAUGUCUUUCGACAGCCUGGCCCUCCUCAUGGAACGCCGACGACCGGUUGCAAAGCGAGUUUUCGCCGGCUCGCAGCGUGAGGCCAACCCACUUCCCCACGUCACAAAGCUUGUAGAGACCUCGAAAGCGGUUGGCUACGACAGCGUGAUGCAGGAACAGGUGCUCAUCUCGCGCGAAGAUUCGAAGAAGAAGUUUUACAACGAUGUUAAGAAACAUGGUUGGCAGAAAGCUGCUCAAUUGCGAUCAGGCAGCGGCAGUGACUCUGAAACAGGUGCACUGCCGGCUUCGAAGACUCCCUCGGCCCCGAAAUGGGUUGAGCAAGGGGUGGACGAGAUUCUUCAUUUGAAGAUGUGCCAAAGCAUUAUUGAUAGUGAAGUGCCAAGUACCAUGGUUGUCGCGACGGGUGACGGUGCCGAAGCGGAGAUGUCGGAUGGGUUUCUGGCUCAUGUGGAGCGCGCGUUGAAGAAGGGGUGGAAGGUGGAAUUGAUCAGCUGGAGACAGCAGAUGAAUGGAGGAUACAAGAACCGCAAAUUUCGAGCCAAAUGGGCCGACCGGUUCCAAAUCAUUGAACUGGAUGCGUUUUUGGAGGAUUUGAUUGACACGCCCUAG